AUGUCUUUAUAUAUUAACGAUUCCACAGGUGUUGACGAAUUGAGUGUUGUUGGUUCUCAAGAACAAAGUUUCAAAAGUCCAGCUUACGCUUUAUUUGCUAACAAACAAAAGAAUGGUGCUGAAGCUCCAGAACCAAAACUAUUUGUUUUCAAAGCUGAAGAUAAUGAAUAUCAAGAAAUUUCUGCCUCCGCAUUGAAAAAGGCUAGAAAGGGUUGUGAUGGUUUAAACAAGAAACUGAUCAAGCAAAAGGAACAAGAUGCUAAGAAGCAAGAACAGGAUGCUAAGAACUUGGAAAAACAAAUGAGCAGUUUGAACAUCAAGAUUGAAGAAGACAAGUCCUUGCCAGCUGCUCAAAAAUGUAAAAUCAACACUUCUUAUGCCAAGGUGGGAGAAAGAGUGAAGGUUUCCGGUUGGAUCCAUAGAUUCCGUUCAAAUAAGAAGGUCGUAUUUGUUGUUUUAAGAGAUGGUUCCGGUUUCUUACAAACUGUUUUAUCUGGUGAUUUGGCUUUAGCCCAACAAACCCUAGAUUUAACUCUUGAAUCCACCGUUACUCUAUAUGGUGUUAUCACUAAAGUUCCAGAAGGUAAGACAGCACCAGGCAACGUUGAAUUGAUUGUUGAUUACUACGAAGUAGUCGGAUUAGCUCCAUCUGGUGACGAAUCCUUUACUAAUAAAAUUGCAGAAGGUGCUGACGCAUCCUUAUUAUUAGACCAACGUCAUUUAACGUUAAGAGGUGAAACUCUAUCUGCUGUCAUGAAAGUUCGUUCUGCAUUAUUAAAAGCCAUCAGAAGAUUUUAUGUGGAAGAAUCUUUGCUUGAAGUUACUCCACCAUGCAUGGUUCAAACUCAAGUCGAAGGUGGUUCUACUUUAUUCAAAUUAGAUUACUACGGCGAAGAAGCUUACUUGACGCAAUCUUCUCAAUUAUAUUUAGAAACCUGUUUACCAGCUUUAGGUGAUGUUUACUGUGUUCAAGAAUCUUUCCGUGCUGAAAAAUCACACACCAGAAGACAUUUAUCUGAAUAUACUCAUAUUGAAGCUGAAUUAGCUUUCAUUACAUUUGAUGACUUAUUGAACCAUAUUGAAAAGUUGAUUAUCAACAGUGUCAAAUACGUUUUGGAAGACCCAGUUGCUGGUCCAUUAGUUAAGCAAUUGAACCCAGAUUUUGUUGCUCCAGAAGGUCCUUUCUUAAGAUUAGAAUAUAAAGAUGCUAUUAAAUGGUUGGUUGAACAUGACAUUAAGAACGAAGAUGGUGCUCCUUUCAAAUUCGGUGAUGACAUUGCCGAAGCUGCAGAAAGAAAGAUGACAGACACCAUCGGUAAGCCAAUUUUAUUAACCAAGUUCCCAGUUGCAAUCAAAUCCUUCUACAUGGAAAGAUGUGCUGACGAUGAGUCCGUCACAGAAUCAGUUGAUGUUCUAAUGCCAACGGUCGGUGAAAUCACCGGUGGUUCCAUGAGAAUUACCGAUGCUGACGUUUUAGUGGAAAGAAUGAAGAGUGAAGGUUUGGACCCAGCCGCAUACUACUGGUUCAUUGACCAAAGAAAAUACGGUACAUGUCCUCACGGUGGUUACGGUUUAGGUACUGAACGUAUUUUAGCUUGGUUAUGUGACAGAUUCACAGUAAGAGACUGUUCUCUAUAUCCACGUUUCAGUGGUAGAUGUAAGCCAUAA